UCCAUCGAUCAAUCCUCGUAACACACAAUGGAAAAUCACCGCCCCUCCUACUUGCACACGCCAAAAUAGUGGUGUUUAUAAAUAAAGACGAUGAAAUUAAACACACCAGUUAUUGUUCAUCUGUGGUCCGUAAAUAUUUUAUCUCAAAACUGAGAGCCGAUAUAGGGGUCACAAAUCGGAUAUUUAACAUAACAAUCGAACACAUCAGGAUGUCUUCUGAGAAAAAGUCAGGACUACCACCUGCAUACAACCAAGUUACAUACCCGAAUGACCAGUCAAACUUUACAUACGGGAACCAGUAUAAUCAGUAUCCUGGAAGUAGCCAGUAUCCCUCGCCAGGUGGCGCUCCAUACCCUGGCAACCAAUAUCAACCGCAAUACAACGCAGAUGGCCAAGUGAUGACAUCAGUGGUUACUCAGCCUGGGGCUGUGCCUGUUGUUGUGAACCCUGUCCCACCUACAAAGGACUGGAUGGUUCCUGCUGUCCUCACUUGUCUGUGCUGUUUUUGGCCGACGGGGAUAUUUGCCAUAAUGGCCGCUAGCAGGGCUAAUUCUGCAGCAGCCAAUGGGGAUGUAGUGGAAGCGACUGCGCAGUCAAGUCGCGCACGAACACUUGUGAUCGUUUCCCUCAUAGUAGGAAUUUUGUGAUUACGGUCUCAGUUGUUUUACGCGUGAUUUAUUAUUCAUCAUAUGCAUACAGUUAAUGAAUUUUGAAAUAACCGAUUGGCAUGAAUCAGUAAAUUAUAUAUUUUAAAGUGACUUUUGACUUCAUAAAUCGCAUUGCAUAUCAUUUUUUUUUCAAUCUAAAGAAAGUAAUGUGUCCUAUGCACAUGAUUUGAUGGAUACAUUUCCUUUUUAAUUAAGUGUAUUGUGUCAUGUACAUGUACCACAAACUUGUUUGCCUUAAAGAAAUUUGUCCUGUUCUUUUAUUACAAAUUAUAUAUGUUCUAUAUGGGAUGAUACUCAUUAUAUUUACUGACAGUGUGUACAGUUGUAGAACAUUUUUAAAAAUCAUGAAUUGAUCAAGUUAAUUGUUCAUGUGUAAUUUUACAUGGUCAUGUUGUACAAAUCAUGUCUCAUUAUUGUCAAUACUCAUUCACGUUUUUAAUUUUUGAUAUGGAUAUGUUUUGAAAUAAAAGAGAAUAAUUCACUAUA